AUGACCAACACGGCAUGCGUCGCGUAUAACGAAAUCGUCUCAUGGAUUCUGAAUAAGGCGAAGGAUAAGUACGGUAUCAAAGAUGGCGUUUUCACCAUAGGCCUCACUCCACCAAUUGGGGACUUGAGAGGUUCCUUACCGUGGCAAAGAGAGAAAGCGAUUUUGCUGCGGAAAGUGACAUCUAAAAUGAUUGCUGAUAAAAUCAUCAUGCCGGCGGCGGCGGCGCAAGAUCUCACUCAUGGAAAAUCACUGUCCUUCCAAUGCCACCCUGAAUUUGUUUUCACAAGCACUAGUGUGGCCCAGCUUAAAAAUCACGACUGGACUACCACGUUCUUCAAACUCUGUGAUGAUAAUCUAUGGGUCAGGGGAAAGAUGAAGAGCAUUGAAGAGUUCCUGGAUACAAUGUCUGCUGAGCUUGCGUCUUCGAAGCACAGUAAGACUUUGGCAUCAUACGUCGCAAAAAUGACUCUUCCUUUUCAAAACGAGCCUGCACUCCAAGGAUAUCAAGGAUAUGACAUGCCCCAAACCAGAACGAGUCUGACAACCAAAAGAAAGCGAGUAGAUAUGGAAGGGGGCAACAUGGCGGCUUUACCUCGAAAAGUUGAUAUGGGAUUAACACCAAAACCGCGGAAAACAAUAGAUCUCAGCGCGGGAGAGACUUCGGAAGGUGUCCGCAAGUCAUCAACUCUAACGUCAGAGCCUCCGCGGUCGCUGCUUGCGAGAUUCGAAGCGCAAGAUCGGAAGCUUCAGGAUUUGACGACACAGGUUUCAGAGGGCUUGCUGGCCAACAAAUCUCUUAUGCAACAGGUCAGAGAUCAAGAGGCUACGAUCCUUCAGCUCAAAUCCGCUGUUGAAAGGUCGAAAGAAGGGGAGGAAGACGUUCAAGAACGAUUGCAGGCUCGCGUUGCACGUUUGGAGCAAAGCAUAGUGGACUAUGGAAAAUGGAACGAGGAAUGGCAAGCCAUCUAA